AUGCCGUAUGCAAAUAAAAGAAAAGCGAAUAUUGAAAAACUGUUAAAACAAGAAGCGAGUAAAUGCAAAAAGGUAUCGGAUUUCUUCACAAAGAACGAAAAUGCAAGAACAUCGUCAUCGACAUCGUGCGAUACAAACGUUGAGAAGGAGUCAGAACAAUUAUUAAAUAUGGCGCCAAUUGAAGUGGAAAGCGAAGUACAAGGCACUGCAGCUACUGGAGGCACUGACCAAGGAGAACCUCGUAAAGACAAUGAACUGAAUGAAGUGGAUUUUGAUAUUCGAAAUUCAGAUAGGGAAGGUAAUGUUCAAUUUGUUCAUACACGGGCUCCUUCGAAUAAUAUUCCAAGCAAUACUACACCUUCGACCUUAUCGUCAACAAGCUCUGCAAAUAUAAACAGCAUUACUUUGGUUACAACAAGUGACGUUGGUUUGCCAAUAAGCACAGCAAACACAUCGUCAACGCAAAUGACUACUGAAACCACUACUGAGUAUUACAGAGGCUACCCAUUAAACCUAAAAGCACUUCUAGGAAAAUUUGGAGAUGGUGUACUAUCUCAAUAUUAUGAACGAAGUAGAGUUUCAACGCAGAAUCGCCAGAAAGCUAGGGUUUUUGUCAAGUGUUGCAUCUGUGGUGAAUUCGAAGAGGAAGCAAAGCGCUUUUCAGCUAAUGGCAGAGUGUACAUGGCACAAGGUGUGCGUUGUGAUGGGAAGAAAAAGAUACAAGAUGUAAUUGAUCAUCUACUGGGGCCUUCACAUAGAGCAGCUCAAGAAAAGAAACAGCUAUCCAAGUUGUGGAAUGCCAAAGACAAACGUCACCCAUUUAUUAACUUGGCAACAAAAAGUGAUCCAACAGUUUUGAAGACCUUGACUGAAAUGGCAGUAAAGGUCUAUAAUGACAGUAAAUCUUUGACUUUAGCUGCCUGGUCAUGGCCAGGUAGAUCUCUUGCUAAUUUACAUGCACAACAGCAGUUUAGGUCUUUAACUGACAGUGACAACGUACAAAGUUUUACCCCGUUUAAACCAAGUGGAGAGGAACUUCAUUAUAGGGAUCCAAUGCAUUAUGCAGAAAUGUUGGAGAUAAUAGGAGAUACAGAGAGAAAACACCUUAAAGAAGAACUCCAGAACUGUAUUUGUUUUGCUGCACAAAUGGAUGGUUCUGUCGAUGCUAGGCAACAAGAUAAGAAAUUUAUAUUUGUUCGAUUCAAUACACCCGAGGACCCUCUUUCUAUUAAGACAAGAUUUGCAAGUGCAAGGGAAAGUACCAAGCGUGGUGCUGAAGGUUUGUGUUCUGCCAUGACAAACUGUUUUGAUGACAUGGGCCUUUCUAAAGAAUGUUUGCAGUCAAAAUUUGUUGGGAUGAGCACCGAUGGAGAGUCUGCAAACACUGGUAAGGAUUCUGGACUGUGGGCUAGAGUUGAAAAUUAUGUUGGUCGUUCAACAAGAAAUAUCUGGUGUGCAUGUCACCGAUCAGACUUAGCAAUGGAAGAUGUGAUGAGGUAAUAAUAAUAAUAAAUUAAUAAUAAUAAAAUAAUAAUUAUAAUGUCUUAGGUUGGUACCUGAACUGAAAAUCUGGCUUUCCAAUGUAACGGGAGUAGCUACUUAUUACCGCACAUCAGGCCUAAAGACUAAGGAGUUGAAGACCAUAAAACCAGACAUGAGAAGUUUUCCUCCUCAUCAUGAGGUAAGGUUUGCUCAACAUCUUGUUCAACUUUGUGGAGCGAUACUAUUCAAUUUAGAUGGAUGUUUAAAGCACUGGCAAAAGAUUUGUGAUGCUCCUCGAGAAUAUAAUACCAAGGAGGUAUCGUCUGCAAAAGGAUUUUUAAAGUUGUGGCAACCAACAGGAGUGCAAGCAUGGCUUAUGGUGGACACAUGCUGUAUCUUCAGAUAUAUUGAAAAAGAAGCCCAGAAGCCUGGCAUUAUCAUUCCUGAUAUCUUGAAGUACAGAGAUACUGCCUUGCAAAAACUUGAUAUAAUGCAAACAGAGCCAUAUCCAGGUAAAAUAUAUAUAGUUAGUAAGUUACUUUGUUUAUAGAAAACAAAUUGAACUCACUCUUAUUUGAGUUCUUUAACAAAGGUGUAUUAUUCAUUACAUUUUAUGUUAUUUUACUGCACAUAGGUGAGCAGGAGGAGUUAUUAACAAAGAAGAUUGCAGAACUGCAUCCAGAGAAUGAUGAAGCAGUGGAUAAUACACCAAGAAGGACACACAACACCAAUGUGACAACGUUUCGUAGAGGAAAACAACCUAUCAGGCAAGAGGUUAUUGAUUCUUCAAGGAAUUUUCUCCAGGUAAAAUGAGAUAAAUAGGUAAUCUCAUAUCUGUUUAGCAAUCAGGUCACACCAUAUAAAGAUUUUAAUUACUAUUACCUAUAUUUUUUAUGUAUAUCAUUAUCAUGUUUAGACCAGGCUCAACGAGGAACAAACAGAAAUUGUAACAACCAUUAUCAACUUGACCUCAGCAAAACGUGCAAUUGAAUUCAUCAACAUUGCAUUACCUCAACUUGAAUCAUGUGGAAUCAGUAAUAAACAAGCAUUUAUUGAUGCAGUUUUAGAAAAUUUUACGGAAAUGCUUUCUGAUACACAUAUUCCUGCAAGAGAGUGUGUGAGACUCUACCAAAUGCUAAGGGGCAGCAAACAACCUGUGACCAAGUUUUUGUCAGGUUUUUGUGUUCUCUGCCCUCACAGUAUGACGGUGGAAAGAUGUGUGUCAACGUACAACAUGUUAUUCUCCAACCUGAGAAUGGCCACAUCUGAAAAAACAUUGAAUGAUAGGCUAUUGAUUCACUGGAAUGGAGUGCCAACAUCUCAGUUUGACCCCAGUCCUAUGGUGCAAGAAUUUCUACAGAAAAAACAGAGGCGAAUGAAUCUUCCUAAUCUGAGUUCAUAUGCGGAACGUGACUUCGUAAAGAAGUUUUUUACAUCGGACUGCUUAUUGAUAGAUUACAUGUAUAUAGUGGUAUACUGUACAGAUGAGUUUCACUAG